AUGGCAAAGCAGGACAAGGACAACAAGCAGGGCGGCAAGAAGCGCGGCUUCCAGGUCGGCCCUCGCCUCGCAAAGGGCGCCUACACCGGCCACGCCGACCGCAUCAAGCGCACCCUCAUCCACAAGGCCAAGGUCAAGAAGGCCUACGCCAAGACGCUCAAGCAGGAGGGCUACGACGCGCCUCAUCACGGCGGCGGCGCAGCAGGAGGAGCGGCCAGGGCCAAGGGCAAGGGUCGCGCGCAGCAGGACGACGGCGAGCCGGUCGAGGACGAGAACGAGAAGGAGGCCGAGCGCGAGCGGCUGCGCAGGCGGCUGUACGGCGACGACGACGCCUCGGACGACAACGAGCAGAGCGGCGACGAGUCGGACAGCGACGGCGCGGCCAAGGGCAAGUCGGCGCGCUUCUCCCAGACUCGACGGGCCGCCAGCGACGACGGCGACGACGACGACGACGACGACAACUCGGCCUCGCCCUCACCGUCACCUGAACCCGAAAUCGCCCCUCCUCGCUCGCGCCAGCCCCUUCCCUCCCAGUCCUCCUCACACGCCUCGUCCCGCCCGCCCAAACGCCAGCGUCAAGCACCACUACCCGCACCCGUACCCGUCAAGAAGGCGUCCGCGCCGCAGGCACAGCAGCAGCCCAAGCGGCCCAAGCUGUCCGAGAAGGAGCUCGAGCAGCUGCGCGAGAAGCGGCGGCAGGAGAAGCGGGCGGGCGGGCAGCGCAACGCGCGAGGGCAGGCCAAGCUCGGUGGGAGGAUGGAGCACCUGUUGGGCAAGAUCCGUCGCACGAUGGAAUCUUAG